GGCAGCGGCAAACGGCACGGGAGACUCCAACCGGCGCACGAGCCGCCCGCAGGUGCCACCGGCUCUUUCUGCAGCAGGUGGACGCCAUGAACUACGUGGGGCAGCUGCUGGUGACGGUGAAGGAGCUGUACAAGGGGAUCAACCAGGCCACGCUGUCGGGCUGCAUCGACGCGGUCGUGGUCCGACAGCCCGACGGGACGUUCCAGUGCUCCCCGUUCCACGUGCGCUUCGGGAAACUGGGAGUGCUGCGCUCCAGGGAGAAAGUAAUCGAUAUAGAAAUCAACGGGGAACCUGUAGAGCUGCACAUGAAGCUCGGAGACAAUGGAGAGGCCUUUUUUGUUCAGGAGACUGAGCAAAACAACGAGAUCGUCCCGGCCCACCUGGUGACCUCCCCCAUCCCCACAGAGGAGGCUCUGUUCCGGGGUCCAGAAGACCCGUCCUGUGGGAACCUCCAACCCUGCUCCAACGCGGCCGGCAAGAAGAAGAGGAGACGCAGGAAGAAGCACAAGGCCGAGCCACGCAGGGAGGGGCAGACCACACCCGCGGGGGGGGAGCCGGAGCUGUGCGAGCUCAGCUCAGACGAGGAGCACAGCGCAGGGGCGUCGGCGCUCUGCCCGACGAAGGACAACGUGGACCACAGGCGGCAUUCCCCCCCGACGGGCCUCGAGUGGGACAGCUACCCUUUCUCGGACGGAGACUGGUCCCCUUGCACGGCCAGGGAAGGGGCGGAGCCCACGUCACCCAAGAGCGACUCCGAGCUGAUGGUGAAGCCGGCGGACAGCAUGCACGGGGCCGAGGCCCACAUGCAGUGGACCUGGGGAGAGUUUCCCGAGUCCACCCGGGUCAACAAAAAGGACAAAUCCGAGCCAAAGGCGUUGACCAUCGCUCCGUCUGAGAACACGCAUUUCAGGGUCAUCUCGAGUACGGAAGCCGCGGAGGAAGGGGAGGGAGAGAGAACCGCGGGUCUCAUCGUGAAACCCGAGCCGCGGACCGCUCCAGUCGACCGGCCCGCCUGCGAGGCCCCGGCCAGCGCAGACGUCCAGGGUUCCGGGUGCGGGUUGGCCUCCGGGCCGUGUCCCGGCGACCUCGGCCUCGGCCCGCCCGCCGCACACGCCGCCAGGUGGAAGUCGUCGCCGCCCAGCCGCCGGGCCAGCGGCUCCGCAGGCACCGUCGGCGAAGGCCCCUCGAAGCCCACCGACUCGCCCGUCAACAAGAGGGGAAAAGGUGUGAGGAAGAGGAGCCAACACCAGGGGCCUGAAGACAUCUACCUGGAUGACCUGACCGCACUUGAUCCGGAUGUUGUAGCCCGGUACUUCCCAAAAAGCGAGUCCGAUCAGGUUCAGGAGAUGGGCAGGCGCUCUGGAUCCCAGUCUCCUCAGUCCGUGGGCAGCGCGGCGGCCGACAGCGGCACCGAGUGUCUGUCGGACUCCGCCGGAGACCUCCCCGACGUCACGCUGUCUCUGUGUGGGGGGGUCGGGGAGAACUCGGAGAUCCCCAAAGAAAAGUUCAUGGAGCACAUCAUCAACUACAAUGAAUUUGCAGAGAACCCAGCAAUAAUCGACAAUCCCAAUUUGGUGGUAAAAAUUGCAAACAGAUAUUACAACUGGACUCUGGCAGCACCGUUAAUACUUAGCAUGCAGGCUUUUCAGAAGAACCUUCCAAAGGCUACAGAGGAGGCCUGGGUGAAGGAGAAGAUGCCCAAAAAGUCCGGGCGCUGGUGGUUCUGGAGGAAGAGCAGCAUAAAGCAGUUGUCAUCAGAGUCCAAGUUAGAGAACCAAGAGUCUCUGACCAGAGAAAGCCCCGCCCCCCCCCACCAGGCCCCAGAAACACAGCCGAAAGCAGCCGAGUGGUCCAGCGACGACGAGACCAAAGAGCUGAAGGCUUUCCCUCCGGCUGCGACGCCCGCUGAGUGCCCGCAGCCGGAGGGCACGGCGCCGCCCCUCCACUCCUACAAGAAGUCGCUGCGCCUGUCUUCUGACCAGAUAGCCACCCUGAAGCUAAGGGAGGGGCCUAAUGACGUCACCUUCAGCAUCACCACCCAGUACCAGGGGACGUGUCGCUGCCAGGGCACCAUCUACCUGUGGAGCUGGGACGACAAGGUCAUAAUCUCCGACAUCGACGGCACCAUCACCAAAUCCGACGUGUUCGGUCAGAUUCUCCCUCAGCUCGGCAAAGACUGGACUCACCAAGGCAUCGCGAAGCUUUACCACUCCGUGCACGAGAAUGGCUACAAGUUCCUCUACUGUUCGGCCCGAGCAAUCGGCAUGGCGGACAUGACCCGUGGGUAUCUGCACCGGGUGAACGACAGAGGGACCCUCCUGCCUCAGGGGCCCCUCAUGCUCUCCCCCAGCAGCCUCUUCUCGGCCUUCCACAGAGAGGUCAUCGAAAAAAAGCCAGAGAAGUUCAAGAUCGAAUGCCUCGCGGACAUCAAGAGCCUGUUCUCCCCCAACGCACAUCCCUUCUACGCGGCCUUCGGAAACCGAGAGAGCGACGUGUUCGCCUACAAGCAGGUGGGCGUGCCCGCGUGCCGGAUCUUCACGGUGAACCCCAGAGGCGAGCUGAUCCUGGAGCAGGCCAGAGGCAUUAAAACAUCGUACAGCCGGCUGAGUGAGCUGGUGGAGCACGUGUUCCCCCUGCGGAGUUCGCGGCACGGCGCCUCCUUCAGCUGCCCCGAGUUCAGCUCCUUCUGCUACUGGAGACAGCCAAUCGCAGCGCUGCGUCCGGACGAGCUGCUGUGACUCGACGGGGGACCAAUCGAAGUCACAGUAACGGAGCAGUGACGGCUCUGAGCAUCACUGGAGUAGUUUGAUUUCCUCUACUCCGGAGAGAGAAUUUGGGACGUGAAUGUCCUCCAGAGUUUUAGAUGAUCUCUUCAGAUUUUGGGGGUAUUCCCAUCAUGCACCUGCAUUCCUCACGCUUGAACACGGUGUUUUUUAAAGACGCUGUCGGCUUCUGGCAGAUAAGAAGUAUGACAUGUCGGUUUCAUAGUUUUAUUGUUACAGCGCUUAUGAGAAGACAUUCCUUAAAAGUGCUAAAACAGGCCACUGGCUUAAUAUGGACUGAAAUUAUACAGAUCGGUCAUAAAAACAAAUGUAACAUGAAC